AUGCCCAAAAAGAAUAAUGUUGAUAGCAAUGAUGACGAUAGUUGGAUCAUACGUCCAAAAAAGGAAAUACAGAAGAACAAACUUGAAAUUAUUGCUGAAAAAUGCGAAAAGAGAUUAAACAGAGUGAGAAAUUUAAGUCAGGCUUUACCAAAAUUUGAUGAAGAUGAUUUGGAAAGUCCUUUGUCGGAAGAUGACUAA